CCAGGGGACCCCCAGGACCAGCCGAAACCACAGACCGGGAGAACCACCUUCAGCCAGCAGCAGACGAGCCGUCGGCAGACAAACCAGCAGAGCAGGAAAGGAGGAGUCUGAAGAGGAAGAACCAAAAAAACAUACUGCCCAGUGGACGGCAUGUUCUUAGACGUUGCCCCCCAGCCGAAGUGGUGUCCGAGAUCCCCAAGGUCCAAGCCAAGUAACUGUUCCUGCAGUUAAUAAUCAUCCGUGUCUUCUCCAUGAGACAGUGUUCCUCUCCCUGACUGGCCCACCAAGGCUGAAAAAAUACAUGGAGGAGAUGACUGAGGAGCUAUUAAGCCUCACCCUAGAAAUCAUGUACCUGCUAACCGGAGAGGAUUAUACAGUAGUGAAAACGGUUGACUGUGUGAGCCCCAGGAGCUGUCUUUUUGUGUCAGGAGGAUGGAGCAAGACCCAGAACCCCACCCCUAAACUUCUACCUCCUUCACUGAUACAUGACAGCACACUAAAGAUCCUGAAAAUCACCAGCAAGAUCACUGAGCUGCUGACUGGAGAGGUUCCUGUAAGGUGUCAGGAUGUCACUGUCCAUUUCUCCAUGAAGGAGUGGGAGUAUUUAGAAGGCCACAAGGAUCUGUACAAGGAUGUCAUGAUGGGAAGCAAGCCGCCUCUCACAACACCUGAUGGAUGCAGUAAGAGAAAUGUUCUAGAGAGAUGUCCCAGUCCUCUGUAUUUACAGCAUUGUCCAGGAGAAAAUCACAGUGUCUCAGAGGUUCAUCAGGGUGAAGAUCUUAUUGAUAUUAAAGUUGAAAUUAUAGAAAGAGAAGAAGAGGCACAUGAGAUGGGCUAUCAGCAGUGCAAGGAGGAACUUCCUGUAGAUAUCAGUCCAGAUGGCCUAAUCAAGAACACAGACAGACAUGUCCCGUUAUCUGCAGAUUGUAAAACGAAUGAUAAUAUCAAGCACGAUUUUUCAGGAGAAAACUCUUGUAUCCUAAAUAUACCCUCAGGACCUGAAAACACCUACCUUUUAUCAUUUCUAUCUAAUCAUGGGGAACUUUCUCCUGAUAACUCAAACACUUCUACACAAAGUACAGAUCAUGCAGAUAUUACAGUGUUGCCAAGCUCUGAAUGUGGAAAAUACUUUACUAAGGAGCCAAUGGUCAAAGGUCAAAGAUCAAAGAACUCACGUGGGAGAGAAGCCGUUUAUGUGUCCAGAAUGUGGAAAAUGCUUUACCCACAAAGCAUAUCUCGUAAAACAUCAGAGGAUUCACCUAGGGAAUGAGCCAUUCGCAUGUUCAGAAUGUGGGAAAUGUUUUUGCAAUAAAUCACUUCUUAUUGAACAUCAGAGAAUCCACAAAGGCGAGAAGCCAUUUCCAUGUUCAGAAUGUGGGAAAUUUAAUUCAUGUAAGAGUCAGCUUGAGAUACAUCAGAAAAUUCACACUGGAGAGCUGUUUACAUGUCAGGAAUGUGGAAAAUAUUUUAUUCAAAAGUCAGAUCUUGUUCGACAUCAGAGAAUUCACACAAAAAAGAAGACGUUUUUAUGUUCAGAAUGUGGAAAAUGUUAUUCACAGAAAGCUCGCUUUGAAAUGCAUCAAAGAAUUCACACAGAAAAAAAGCUGCUCACAUGCUCUAAAGUUAGAACCUGUUUCGGCCAUAAAGCGAAUCCUGAAAAACCUCAAAAUAAAGGGAUUCACACAGGAGAGAGACCUUUUUUAUGUGCUGGAUGUGGAAAAUGUUAUGCACAGAAAAUUCACCUUGAGUUGCAUCAGAGAAUUCACACACAGGAGAAGCAGUUUUCAUGUUCAGAAUGUGGGAAAUCUUUUACCCAGAGGUCUGAUCUUGUGGAACAUCUGAAAAGUCACACAAGGGAUAAUCUGUUUUCAUGUUUAGAGUGUGGGAAAUGUUUUGCACGUAAAAGUCAACUUGAAAUGCAUCAGAGGACUCACACAGGAGAGAAACCUUUUUCAUGUUCAGAAUGUGGGAAAUCUUUUACUCAGAGGUCUGGUGUUGUGGAACAUCAGAAAAUUCACACAGGAGAUAAUCUGUUUUCAUGUUUACAAUGUGGGAAAUGUUUUGCACGUAAAAGUCAACUUGAAAUGCAUCAGAGAACUCACAAAGGAGAG